GCACCUGGAAACAGAAAGUAUGGAGCAAGAAGAACAGGGGCAGCUUAUGAGAGAGAAUGAAGAAAGCGUCGAUCAGGGGCGCCUAGCAAGAGAGGCUGAAGAAAGAGCUGAAAAGGAGCGCCUAGCAUGAAAGGCAGAAGACAGAGCCGAGCAGGUGCGCCUGGCAAGAGAGGCCGAAGAGACUGCUGCGGCACAGAGAGCCGAACAAGAACAACUGAACGGCUAGCUGCGGAAACUGCUGAGCAAGAGCGACUGGCAAAAGAGGCAGAAGAAAGAGUGGCUGCAGAACAAAUUGCUACAGAGAAAGCCAAGCAAGAACGGCUGUCAAGAAAUCAUGAAGAGAGGCCUGAACAAGAAUGCCUGGCAGCAGAGGGAGAAGCCACUGCACAGUCAAACUUACAGCAGCCUGGUAACAAAGGGCAAUUACAGCAGGGAACUAGCCACGAUAAAGGGGUCACCACUGAAGAUGUUGAGAAACUCCUCGACGGAAUGCUCCAGGGCAAUCCAGAACAGAAGACAAUGGGUAGCCAUGACAUUCAAGGGUGUGAUCUGCUAGUGGAAGGACCAAGUGAAGCUACUGGGAAUGCGCACGCUGAAGAAGAAUGAGUAGCUAAGGAGUGAGAUAAUACUCUAGCUCAGUUACAAGAGAAGGCUGAAUAUAAUCCAACACCGUUGGAGAGUCGCGAGACACUUGCUGAUCCUCCAUGGCCUGUCACUCAACUGGACCUGUCCAGCUUGAUUGCCAGAUGGUGUGAAGGUGCGAGUCAGCUAGAUGAAGAUGACAGACGGCAGCCUCAUAG